AAACGUAACCACAACAAUUACCAAUUCCCAAAGUGACUCGACUUUCCCACCGCGUCGCAUCCAUCUCUACCUUGCGAACACGCCGCCGCCGAUGUCGUGAAAACUCUCUCAGCCGUUAACACUCUCAGCAGAAAUAGAAGUUAUAGUGCAAAGUUCAAUUGGACAUAGAAUAACAUAAUGAGGCGUAGACCUGGAAUUGGAGGUUUGCAGAAUGCCGCCGCUGCUAGGGAUCAGUACCGAUUGCUUGGAGAAAAUGUGGCAAAAUUGCGGACUGAUCUCAUGAAAGAACAACUUGCUACAUUUCGUUCUCAGCUAGAAGACUUUGCCCGCAAACACAAGAAUGACAUCCGCAAGAAUCCAGCAUUUCGGUCGCAGUUUCAUGAGAUGUGUGCCAAAGUUGGAGUUGAUCCUCUGGCUUCUAAUAAGGGUUUCUGGGCUGAACUAUUGGGCAUUGGUGACUUCUAUUACGAACUUGGGGUGCAAAUUGUUGAUAUUUGCUUGGCUACCAGACCUCACAAUGGAGGUCUGAUCAGCUUGGAAGAGCUUUGUAAACUGCUUGGUCAAAGAAGGAAAGGGACUCGCGAGGCUAUCUCUCAGGAUGAUUGUUUGCGUGCCAUAAGUAAGCUGAAGGUCCUCGGGAACGGUUUUGAGGUCAUUUCUCUUGGCAAGAAGAAGCUUGUUAGAUCUGUCCCCACAGAGUUGAAUAAAGACCACAAUGAAAUCUUGGAGCUAGCGCAGGGUCAAGGCUUUGUGACAGUUGAUGAAGUUCAGAGACGGCUCUCUUGGUCUUCUGGACGUGCAACUGAUGCCCUCGAGACUUUACUAGAAGAAGGUCUUGCCAUGAUUGAUAAUGGACACAAGGAUGGUAGAAGCCGAUAUUGGUUUCCUUGCGUAUCAUCUGUAUCUUCUUACUCAGCAUCUGAUGCUAUAUAAGGUUCGGUUCUUUAUCUUGUUUUAUGUAAUUUUGUGUUAUACAGUGGCUUAAUUGUCACAAUUGUAAGGAGUGUUGUGUUGUUAAGUUUGUAUGGAAAAUACCUGCUUUUGUGUUUCUA